UCUGGAUCUUUCCACAAAUGGCUGGAAGCUGCAAAAGGCUUAGGUAUCGAUCAAAGAUCGGAUUUGCUUGCUAACGAUGAAGGAUCUUGUGUUGAGAGUUUUUAUCCUUCUCUCGCCGCCGCUCAUGAGGAAGCCGCUCGCCGAGGCGAUUCUCGCCAGCCGGAGGAAGUUGAGCAUCACUAUAUCUGCUAUGUGAAUAAGGAUGGAACUCUUUAUGAAAUUGACUCUCGAGCUCCAUUUCCGCGCCCAAUUGGCGUGAGCAGUGGAGACAAACUUGUCAAAGAUGCUGGCGCUGCUUGCAAACAUCUUAUGGAGAAGCUGGACAAUGUUUCAUUUGCGGCCAUGGCACUUGUCCCAAGAUAA